AUGAAGUCUGGUGUGGGCGAUUAUCAUCUACUGGUAGCCCAUAACUUUCUUUCAAAUAUUUCACUGGAUGGUAGCCAUGAGGAUACGAAGCUGCGGAUGUUCAACCGACGGCACUGUGAAUCAGCGGUUGGUCUUAUCACCUUAUUGAGUCAUUUUAUAUUAAUGUCAUCGUUAAGGCUAUCUAUGGUUCAGCGGUUCGUGAAAAUGAUUAGCUCAGACGACCUCGUCGACCGGGAAGGCACUGCCGACGAGGACAUAGCUAUGAGCUCUUUGACUGAAAGUCGUCAGAAGAAGAAGUCAGAAGAUAGUGAGUAUUAUUGGACCACUUAUUUCUCCUUUAUCAGAGAUUUCACAGUUUGGAUUUUUUCGGCGACUAAGAACCCACUCUCAACGAAACUUUUGCGGAGAUGUUCCCCAACGUACAGCUUACAUACAGUAAGCUUAGGAGGUAAUCUUUUGUGUGAUUCUUUUCUCAUUAUUUACAUUGUGUUCAAUCUUCAAUGGUUAAAAUACAACACAUUUAGUAUCAAGCGAGAUAUGUGGAUAAUUGCACAAGAGUGUGAUGUCGAUGAGUAUACAGUCGCGCAUUCUUUUAUCUACUAUGAAAGGAUAGUUAUUAAGUUGUCUUUUGGACGUUGUGGCCCACUAGGAAUGAUUUCUAAAUACAACAGAAAGCUUGUGGCUGGCGUAGCUCUCUUAGUAGCUGUUAAGCUGAACGAUUACAAGAAGCCUGACAUUGUUAAAGUUUUGGAGUGUACCGAGGAAAAGCUACGAAUAUCGCGACGCGAAAUGCUUUCAUUUGAAUUGCCUUUGUGUUCAGCUCUCCAAUUUGAUUUGUUUCCGCCUGCUCAUCAUGUAGAGCCUCAUCUUCAUAAGAUUGUGUUUGGGAUUUUCUAG